CUUGUUAACCGUAUAAUCGAUUUUUACGAUUUUUACUACACCAUGUAAAGCGAGCAGAACAUCACUUGGAGUAUAUUCUUUGAUCUUUGCACAUCACUAUUCACAUUUAAUAAUUUUAAUGUCAACAUGUCGGACAACGAGGAUUUACUCGGCGAAGAUUUAGGUGAUCACAGUCUAGCGGACUACAAUCUUGGUAAUGAGGAAGAGGAUCAGCUGUUGGCUGAUGACUACGAUUGCGGCCCAUCUCACAAUGUGCCGUCCUCACUUGGACGCGGUCCCGGGGGGUACAGUGAACCAGGGGACAUUGUCCCUAAUGAAUACGGUCGACAGAACUUGGAUUACGGACAGCCAGUGAAUUACAUGCCGCCAGAAGCAGAAUGUGUGGUUCCGAACAUCACAGUGGAAGUUCCCAUCAUACCACAACAUCCAGAGCGAUCUACGUAUGCACCAUACAAUGAGCAUGUAUAUGAACAAGAUCAUGCCGUCGUACCACCACCUAUACCAGCAGCUCCAGUGGAGUCACCACAAAUUGUACCAUCGGAGCUUUCUGUUGGAGGCAAUCCGAAGCUAAUGCGUGAGAGGUUACCACAACGCGUCUACACGCACCGCGCACCGUUACCACGCAACAUACCCGACUCACUAGAUAAAGUGUUUGUUCCACGGAACGCUUAUGGCGGCGGUCGAGGACGCAACUCGUGGAGGAACCCACAAUAUAGACAGAACCAUCCCUAUCGACGGAACAAUGUUUUUAGGGCAAACUUUACUCAACGCCCGUCGUUUCCGCCGCCGCAAAUACGACCACAAAUCCCAAAUCCACCACAAAUACUAGAGGCACCCCCAGAAAUCCGACCUGAAAUAACCCCACAAAUCCCCCGAGAAUUAUCCCCUGAAAGACCUCCAAUUUUACCCCCAGAACGUCCAGUAAUACACAUUGAGCAACCCUUACAACCAGAGCGAAUGUUACAGCCUGACCGGCAAAUGAUACCGCCGGAAAGGCAAAUGAUGCCAUCUGAAAGGCAAAUGAUGCCACCAGACAGGCAAAUUAUGCCACCAGAAAGGCAUAUGAUGCCACCGGAAAGGCAAAUUUUACCUCCAAAUCGAUCUCCUGAUAGAAGAAUGAUGUCACCUGACAGACCUGGUAUUCCUGGUAUUUCUCCUGAGAGACCAGUUUUAAAUCCAGAGAGACUACCUUUUUACAUGGAUCAACCAGUUUCACACUCAGAAAGACCAAAUAUGCAUCCAGAAAGACAUCCAGAUAGGCCUGAUUUAAAUCUGGAGAGACCUGUUUUACAUCCAGAUAGACCUGACAUACAUUUGGACAGACCUAUUGUACAUCCAGAUAGGCCGAUUUCACACCCAGAUAGACCAGUUUUACAUCCAGAUAGGCCAAUGUUACAACAUGAAAUGCCAAUGGAGAAUCAAAAUUUUCCAAGAUUCCCAUUCCGGAAUGAAGAGAGAUUUGGGCCUAAUGUUCGCCCUAACUUUGGUCAAAAUGUUCGUCCACAUUUCGAAAGGCCUAUGUACUAUCGUCCAUAUAAUCCGAGACCAUUUGGACCUCCAAUCAGAGAGAUAAAUCCUAAUAAUAACAUUCCCCAAGUGACGAUCCGACAGCCAUUGCCGAUGUUACCCCCAAUGAAGGGUAGGGAAAGGGAACCAGAAGUGCGAAUGUUGCCAGUGAUGCCUCCAAAUCUACCAAAUCUCCCACCUGGUGGACUUGCCGGGAAAAAGGUUUUGAUCAAUCCACAUUUCAAAGGGAACUUUCAACCUCCUGUUGAUGGACUUCCUGCGUACAUUCCGACAAGAAUACAAAAGUCUCCGCCUCUCAGUCCUACGCUGGAGAGCAAAUUCGGUCCUAUAAAAGACAUAGAUGACGCCGCCGAGAGAUUUAUAGCAGAGCAAAGAAACGCCUUAGCUAGAGCUGCAGUAAGGAAAUUUGCGAGGCGAUCACCACAGAGGUACAUAGAAAACACAACAAUUGAAAUUGAAAACGAUCUCGCACGCGGCCCCCCGCCGCCCCGCCGUCGCAGUGAAGACGAAGACUUGCUCCGAAGACAGGAGGAGUUCAUCAGCGCCAAUAGAGCUGGUCUGAGGAGACGGAUGCGAUCUCCUUCACCACCACCGCGUCGCAGCCCUGAACGACGCCCACGCCCUCCCAGUGACGAGGACAGUGAAUACAGACGCAAACUGCGUGAACAAGAGGCUCUACGCGAACACGUGUUACGCGCUAAAGAAGUGCGCAGAAGAAAGAACGCAGUCGCUCUUCAGAAACACUUGCAAGAGAGAGAAAAGGACAAGGAAGGCCUACCUAAACCAGAGGAGUUCCAACCGAUAGUUAAAGAAAAUAGACCUACAGUCACAGUAACAAAUGAGAUGCAGCAAGAGAAACCAGACACAACUAGAAAAACGCCAGAGAGAGAGAAAUUAGAGCCAAAAAGAGAUCGUUCACCAAUCAAGGUUGAGAGUGCUGAAGCUAAUUCUACUUGUGGUGAAAAUCUAACCCCACCACAUGAAAGUGUCCCUCAAAAGUCACCAGAGCGGGCCCUCACACCACCAUUACCCAAACGAGAAACCAAGAACACUAUCAGUGAUGAUGAACUGGAUCUGAUACUGGACGACAUCGAUGAUAUACUGUCUGAUGAGGAUGACAGUGGGAGGUUCAAGGAAAAACCUAAAAAGGUAGAACCUGCUCCCAAAGUCCAAGUGGACUUGCGUUCAAAACUACCGCCAAAACACGCUGAAACUAAGAGGCCGAGACAGAAGAUUGUCUUCAAUGAAACUAUAGAGGAAAAGAAAAAGAAAGAAAAAUCUCCAGUGAGCCGCACUGCACCGAGCUUACCUAAUAAAAGUAUGAACACUCCAAAAGUCGAGCCAAAGUUAGAGAGGGUGAAACCAAAAGUCGAAGUCACAAAAACAAUUAAUACAGUCAAAUCGCGACAACAAAUUAUAUUCGAUAACAAAGAGAAGCCGGAAAAAGAUGACGACGUACCUAAAUUCCCGAACCGUCGCGUUAUACUGCAACGGAAAAUACAAACAAAGGAGAAGUCAGUGUUCUCGCGCAUAGACAAAAAUGACCCAACACAACCCCAUCCGGGUAUAUUCAGCCGCGCGGUUCGCACCGCCAUCGGGUCCGAUAAGACCCGGAUUGUCGUGAAAAACGAACCGAGCAUAGAGUACGAGAGCGGGUCGGAUAUAGAUGAGGACAAAUUACUGGAGGACUAUGGAAAUAUGGCCAUAGUUACAAACUUGCCCCAUGGAAUGACAGACACCAGAUUAAACACGUUGGCGGGAAACGAUGUCCAGAAUUUAAGUUUGGAUAAGGAGGAACGCAGCGCUAAAAUAACGUUCAAGACUACGAUAGCGGCGGAGAAUUUCAAGAAGAAAUUCAACAACAAGAUGGUUGCCGCCAGUCGUCUCACUGUUACCUUAAAAUAAGACAAUACUUUUAAAAUAUUACUUAUAUAAUAGUAAAAAUGUUUUAGAUAUUAGUUAUUACUGUAAUGCACUCAAAGUUAUAGCAUUUGUAUUAAUAAUACUUUCUUCGAUCUGCGAGCAAUGUUAAAAUCUUUUUUUUAUCCUUUACUUUGUCUCUCAGCCAAUGCAAAUGAUAGUUUUGUAGUAAGUUAAGUAUUUAGAUUACUAGUUAACCGUUAAAAAUGCUUUCAGCAAUCUAUUUGAAUGUCGUUUGCAAGCAAAUUUACCAUUACUAGCUAUGAAAUUAUGAAACUUUGACUAUGUGUUUCUUUAUGGAAAUGGAAAAUUAAUAUUAUUUUUAUGUCACAUAAUUAAAGUGUGUUAUUUUAUUUGCUUUGUCUAAGCAAGUAAGUUAUUUUUUACAUUGUCUAUAAUUGUCAAAACACUACUUGUUUUUGAAGUUGCAGUACAGUAUCUGUAUGAAAAAUUGUUUAUAACAUGUCGAGCACUGAGGGAAAUCAGUUUUUUAUGUACAUUGAUGUGUUUCAUUAUGUCUGAUAAAAAUUCUUCUCCGUAAUUUACACAUUACAGGUAGGACUUAUUGAGAUAUACAGUGUAAACUCUAUAUAACGACACUAAAGAGACUGUAAAUUUUUGGCGUUAUAGAGAGUUGUCGUCUUAUGGAAAGAAGAAAAAUAUAUGAUUAAAACUUUUUCGUGAAUACACGGUGAUUUUCUUUUAAUAGCCAUGUUUAUUGAAAGUUUGUAAACAACUAAGAAUAUAACAACGUAUUAAGACCAUGACUUCCACGUAUUAGUCAAGGUCAACAACAGUGUACACUUGCAAUCUCAAUUUGUAAACAAAAGAACGAAUUUCUUUGAAAAGUUUUUUGCACGAUGCCAACAGUAGAGUUUAUUAGGAUAAAAGAGCGAUAAAAGAACAUAGACAGCUGCGCCGUUUCCACUUAUUUUGGCAAUUUUAAAGGUACUUUUUAUUACUUCAUUGUCGUUAUAGAGAGUGGGUGUAACGUUAUAUAUAUUGUAUCAUUGUAUGAAAAGCAAGCUAUACCAAUCAAAGCCAUGGGAUGUCGACACUUUAGCGAGUUUUUCGUUUAAUCGAACGACAUAACAUGGAGUUUACACUGUACUUUAAUAAUCAAAAUUGGAUUUGAUUACAUGUAAUAUACUAAUAUAUAUAGAAUUUGUUGUAGACUUGAUAAUGAAUUACAAGAUUUAUUUUGUUCGAUAAAAGCAUUGCUUAUUAAUCUGCGCUGUAUUUACAUUUUAUAGUGUGGUAUUUACUGAAAAUUCAUUUAGCAUAAAGCUAAUUAUUUUACGUGUUUACAUAAAUUAUAUAAAUAUUUGGGUAAUGUACGCUAAUAUUAAAAAAAAACACCACAUAUGUAUAAAUUACCUUGAUUAUGUGUUUACAGAGUUCACUGUUUUGUAUCAUAAUUGUAAACAAUGCCUUUUCAAAGAUUACAAGUUAUUGCAGUAUAAGUAGUUAAAAUUACUACAAUAUAUGUAGAAUUUUCAACAAAAAACAAAUUCCAGAUUUUUUUUUUAAUUUACUUUAUUAUAUCUGAAUCAGUUCCACAAUUUAAUUCCUGGUCACAUAUCAAUUAUGUAACAAAACUAGGCGUGAAGAUGUUUUGAGUAAAUAAACUGCUGUCGAAUUUGUCAAUAGAUUAAAUAGCGUCGGUUUGCUACUACUAAAAUAAGUUUAUAUUUUUGUGCUCUGAUAUGAUUUUUCAUUAACUAAAAUGUAAGUCAAGUAUGCUUGUUUAUGUUUAAAGGUUUAUUGAUAGAAAGUUUGUGUUAUCCUAUAAAUAAUUGUGUUUUACUUCUAUACUAUAAACAAUAUCUUAGAGGCGUAUAAGAUUCAAUACUAACGGUCAUUGUUCAAACUAAAAUGAACGUAUCUUUUUUAAAUAGCCAUUGUACCUAAAAUCUAUAUUAAGAUGUUUUUUACAAUGUCAAGAUUAAAUAUGGCACAAAAAAAUGUAGCCACUCCUGUACUAUAAAAAUGUUCGUUUAGAAUUAGAAUGAUUUUAUUGUUGUUUAUUAUUCACAUUUGUUUGCAUCAGACUUACGGAUAUUGAUUUAAAAAGUGAGUGUGUUUUAGACAAAACGUCUGAAGUAAAACUUCUUUCAAGAAUUCAAGAAUAAAACAAUACAUGAAAGAGAAACUUAAUACUAGUAGCGAUUAGCAGCGCCAUCUCUUGUCGGACUUAACUUCACAAGCUCCUAUUUGUUAGUUCACAAUUAUGCCGUUACAAAAAUGAACGUAUUCGGCGUUGUGUUGUCGUAUUUUAGCAGUGUUACUAUAGAUGGCGCUUUUAAAACUCAACGAUAUCAUUUCGAUUACACUUUUCGUAACGCAUUAACCAGCUUAUUCCCCAAGUUAAAUGUACGUAAAGAAGUUUUACUAUUAAAUUUAAAAACACAAACACGCUGUCGUGUCGCGUUUUUAGUGAGUAGGUAUGUCACUUGCCAUCGCGUGGCGUGUUGAAUAUGUUUCCUAUUUUGUUUGUUCAUUACUGUUAUUCCCGUCUGAAGUCCAUACUAAUAUCUUGUAUAAUCUUUAGCUGUUAGCUUAGACUUGACUUAAUGGCAAUAAAUCGCAAUAACUAAAAAAAAAUAUUUUUCCAAAUAAGAAGUCCUUUUGAAGAUUAUGGGGUCGUUUUAUUAAUUAGAGCGUCCCUCAUAUAAUCUUGAUAUUUUACAGUAGAGCUUAUUUAUUAGAUGCAGUGAAUUGACAUUUGACAGACAUUUCGUAAAAAUGUCUCUUAAUCUUAAUAAGAAAUCUAAGUAAAAAACUCGAAAUCGUAUUUCAAUAGAGAUAAAUUUCACAGAAGUCCCUUUCAAAGUUACAGCCUUAAAUAUAGAUAUAUAAUUAUAGAGAUUUGAACAGACUGUUUUCGUCGAAACUAAAAACAAGCAUUUCGGUAAUACGGUGUAAAAUACGUACGUUAUAGCUAACAUAUACCUGCUUCAACUUUUCUAUUCUAUUAAAUCUAAUUAGGUAUUACAAUAAAGACUUGAGUAAAAUACUAGCUGUAUAUGUAGCUGUUGAUCAAAACAACAUGCAUUAAAUUAAAGACUAGAUGCUCAAAAGUCCACCCACAUAACGGCAAUUUACUGUACCUAAUAAAAAUCCCGGCUUUAGUAUUGUAUAGUUAAUAAUUAAGCAUUUACCGUUUGGUGUUCAUUUACACGAGUGGCAGCUGCUACCGAUGACUGCAGUCAGCGACUCUCGGCGGCAGCCAACGACAGUCAACUGCAGUCGGCGACCGCUUUCGACUGUCGUUAGCUGCCGCCGAGACUUCGCCGACUGCGGUCGUCGGUAGAGUUGCCGCUCGCGUAAAUGAACCCUUACUAUUAAAAAAUGUAGCAGGUAACGCAAGUUUUAUCCGCUUAUUUUUGAACCGUGACCCCUUAGGAUGUUUGAUGUCAAAUAAAAUAGUGAUAUGUGAAAAUUACAAA